AUGAACUUUGCUGCGCAGUUUUUCUAUACAAACUAUGUGAAGGAGAGCUCACGAGCAUGGAAGGGAUUCAAUGACAGUGAGGAGUACGACCCCUUCUGGCACAGUGACCAGUAUUUGAGCAGUAACAUAAAGACAUGCUUAUCUCAUGACGGCCGGUGUCAAAAAGACAGCAUCAUCAGCAAUGGAGUCCUUACCCAUCGACCCAACCUCAUCUGCCCAGAGCGUCUCAGAGACUUUGGUGCUGAGGAGUACUUGAAUGUGGACGUGAGACCCUUUAAGACCAAAGUGAUUAAAGCGCCUGAGAUGAAACUGAUGGGGCCUCCUAAACCCUCCAUCAACAGCAACAAGAACUACAAGCCUGCACCCAAGCCUCCUGCUGAGUACCUUGGCUUUGAAGACAUCAGUGUAGCAGCAUUAAAUAUCCAACAGUUGGGAAUUCAGAAGACCCCCUGCACAUACUCCAGACUAUCUAAGCUAUAUGGCAUGGAAAUUUAUCUGAAGAAAGAGUACCUCCACUACACAGGUUCAGUAAAGGAGAGAGGAGUUCUGUAUCUGCUCUCCUCACUAAAACAGGAUGAGCAGAAGAAAGGUGUCAUUGUGGCCACAGACUGUAGUUUCUCCAUGGCAGUGGCUCACCAUGCAGUGCAGCUGAGAAUCCCAGUCUUUGUCAUAACGCCUGCGUACACUUCCCCACCACGGCUGCGCAUGUACCGGGACUAUGGGGCUGUGGUAAUCUCUUAUGGCAACACAGCACAGGACUCACAAAACCAUGCCCGCCAUCUGGCCAAGGAGAAUGGCUACCUCUGCCUAGAGGAGGAUGACAGUGCAGUGUACCUGGCAGGUCUGGGUACAGUAGGCAUAGAGCUCUAUGAUCAAGUGCCCGAGCUUGACGCAGUCAUUGUGCCUGCUGGGGGACAGACCGGAGUGCUGGUUGGGACUGCAGCUGCCAUCAAACACCUCAACCCUCAUAUCUCAGUCAUAGGUGUUGAGCCAGAGGAGUUUCCACUUCUGCUACAGUCCCUCACAACCGAUUCUCUUGCCAGUGAUUUGUCCCACACCAUAAAUAAAAUGCUCUAUAGGGAUUUCAUGCACUACUCUUUGGGAGCACACACUUUGCAAAUGGCCAAGAAAAUGGUGGAUAAAACAAUCUCUGUUAGAGAGAAAGACAAUUUGGUGGCCAUGCUGAGGUUUCAGGAGUACGAGCACACCACUGUAGAUACUGAGGGAGCCAUUGGACUGGCAGCCAUCUUGGCUGGUCAACUUCCAGAGUUAAAGGGUAAAAGAGUAGCAGUGGUAGUUGCCAGCGCUAACAUGGAGCUGGACUUGGUGAGGGAGUGUGUCGAUAGAGCUCUGGUGCUGGACGACCGCGUGAGCCACUUCAGUGUGCAGCUAGGAGACGGGCCAGGAGACAUGGCUAAACUGCUGAAUAUACUGGCUCGGGAAGACGUCAGGUUGUUGGAUAUUUGCCACAGGAGGUACAGUGAUGGGGUAAAUCUCUUCCAAGUACAGGUUGAGUGUGUCGUGGAGCUGAGGGAUAAAAAUCAGAACUGUCACCUACGCAGGACGUUGUCUGAUCUCUACCCCACACUGCACUGGCUGGAUUGGUGA